AUGUCCACAACGAAACCCCUCCCGCGCGCCUACGACCAGUCCCAGACCAACGCCGACCCAGAAAUCGCACCUCAGGAUGGCGAGGAGGUAACAGCAUUGCCCGGCGCUCCCCAGUCCAUCAAAGAGCGCCGACCAUGGGCGCACUUCGUCGCCGGUGGCCUGGGCGGCAUGACAGCGGCCACUCUCACAUCACCGCUCGACGUCCUGAAGACGAGGUUACAAAGCACAUUCUACCAGGACCAAUUGGCUGCGAUGCGGGAAGCGAAAGGGAUGCCGCCACCUCACACGAUGAGCCCACUACGCGCUGGGUGGUUACAUAUUAGUGAGACGGGACAGAUAUUGGGACAGAUACCGAAAGUGGAGGGGUGGAGAGCGCUGUUCAAGGGACUUGGGCCGAAUCUGGUGGGAGUGGUGCCAGCGCGAGCAAUCAACUUCUGGGCGUAUGGAAAUGGAAAGCGUGUAUACUCGAACCUCUUCUUUGACGGGAAAGAGACGGCUGGUGUGCAUCUCCUGAGCGCAGCAACAGCAGGCAUCAUCACAGGAACCGCCACGAAUCCAAUCUGGCUCGUCAAGACACGACUACAACUCGACAAGCAGAACGCAGGACCCGGCGGGCAAGGACGACAAUACCAAAACGCCAUGGAUUGCAUCGUCAAGACCUUCCGACACGAAGGCAUCCGCGGUCUAUACCGCGGUCUCACAGCAUCAUACCUCGGCGUGAGCGAAAGCACUCUGCAAUGGAUGCUUUACGAACAAGCCAAGAGUAGCCUAAACAAGCGCCAGCUAGACCUCGAGAAAUCUGGGCGGCUACCGAAUGCGUGGGACAAGACAGUCGAAUGGACGGGCAAGCUCACGGCAGCGGGCGGUGCCAAGUUCGUUGCGGCGCUGAUUACAUACCCACACGAAGUUGUCCGGACACGGUUACGGCAGGCGCCUACGGAUGCUAGUGGGAAUGUGAAGUAUCGAGGGCUUUGGUCGUGUUUCGUGACUGUUUUCAGGGAGGAGGGGAUGCCGGCGCUGUAUGGAGGGUUGGUACCGCAUAUGUUCAGGGUGGUGCCUAGUGCGGCGAUUAUGUUUGGGGUGUAUGAAGGGAUUUUGUGGAGUUUGGGGGAGAGCUCUGGUGUAUAA